GAGAGAGAACCAGCUUAAGCAUUUUGGAGAGAGAAAGAGACCCAGCGUAAUAUGGCAGCAGCCACAGUGAAGCUUUUGUCCACUCUCCUGCUCCUGUGCAUCAUCGGAAAAGGAUAUGCAGCCGCUGUGUGUCCACUUACAGUAGAACUGGAAAUCGCCAAGGUCGGCGCAACAGAUGAAUACGCCAUUACCUUUACAAACGUAUGCAUUUGCCCCCUAAACAAUGUGGUGCUGGGCUGCCCUCCAUUUGAUGCUGCUCAUAUCCCUAAUCCAUCCAUUAUUCGCCAUGUGACUGACACCACUUGCAUUCUUAAAGAUGGCCAAGAAUUUAAACUUCACGAGAGUGUACAAUUCUUAUAUACAGGGCCCAACCCAGACAAGUUCUAUACGCACGAUUACAAGUGGUCGUGCACUUAAGGACCCAUAUCAACCCCUUUUUUAUUCAAAUAACAUUUCAACCCUCUUUUCCUUUUUUAUCUAAAUAAUGAGCGUUUUAUCUUAGUGUGUUUUUCUUACAUGGGCCAAGUUAUAUGGUCCUCGA